AUGUAUAGGAAAGCAAGCAACCUAGUGAGCAUGAGAAGACAUUUCAAUAAGGACACGAAGACUAAUCAGGAUACAGGGGGAAGCGAGGGUAAGGUAUACAACAGCAUUUUGGAGUUAGUGGGAAAUACACCCCUCGUCAAGUUAAGCAAGGUCCCGAAACUGUAUGGAGUUCAGUGUGAUAUCUACGCCAAAUGUGAAUAUUUCAAUCCAAGUGGUUCUGUUAAAGAUAGAAUCGGUUUGUCUAUGUUCGAGGAUGCUAAAAAGAAGGGUGUUGUGAAUGAUAAUACUACAUUUGUUGAAGCUUCUUCAGGAAAUACGGGAAUAGGGAUUGCAUUCAAUGCUGCUCUGUCGGGAAAUAAAUGUAUAAUUGUAACAGAAAAUAAAAAUGCGGGUGAAAAGGUGGACACGCUUAACCUGUUGGGAGCUGAAGUCAUCCUAACCCAAUCGAAUAAGUUAGAAUUUGAGAUCGCUCAGAAGCUGAAAAAUGAUAACCCCGAUACGACAGUCAUUCUCAGUCAGUUCGACAAUGAGGUGAACCCAAAGACUCACUAUGAGACUACUGCAGUGGAGAUAUUAGCAGCACUCGAGGAUGUAGACGUGGUCGUGAUGGGAGCAGGCAGUGGCGGUACCAUGACUGGCGUUGCCGAGAGACUGAAGAACAAAAACCCUGACUGUCUUGUCGUUGCUGCCGAGCCUGAUGGCUCCACCAUGUUCAACACAGAAGGAAAAGCUCAUCCAUUCUUGGUGGAAGGAAUCGGUGGCGUUACUAUACCGAUAUCAUUGGAUACAUCUGUAGUGGAUCACUAUGAGGUGGUGACCGACCAAGAAGCGUUCCUGAUGGCCAGGGAACUUGCGAAGAAGGAAGGAUUGUUAUGCGGUGGGAGCGGUGGCGCUGCCAUGUGUGCGGCUAUCAAAGCAAUCAAAAAGCUGAAGAUAGGCAAGGGCAAGCGCGUGGUUGUCAUCCUGCCCGACAGCAUCCGCAACUACAUGUCCAAGUUCGUCAGCGACCAGUGGAUGGAAGCACACCACUUCAUGGAACCCCCACAACACACCAUGAAGUGGUGGAAUAUUCCAAUUGGCAAACUAAACUUGUCACGCAAGUAUCCGAAGGCGAACAAAAGCAGCACGAUUCGGGAGACUCUUGAAGCCAUGAAGACCAACGGCGUGAACAUCGCCGUAGUCGUCGAUGACCUCGGGAACUACGUGGGUGCUGUCUCUAAGGACUACAUCCGCAACAUUGCGACCAACCCAACUAAGUUGCCUGGAGAAGACUCGGAAGAUUUUAACUUCGACGACCCGGUGACUGAUCACCUUAACAAAAACGUGUAUACUCUAGCUGUAAACUCUAAAAAGGGAAAGUCUACGCUUGGUCUUCUGUCCCGUAUACUGGACAUAUCUCCGUUUGUUAUCAUCGGUACAAAUGACGAUAAAGAUACGUUUACUCCGCUUGGCGUGGUGACUGCAGAUGAUGUGCUCGACUUCAUACAGGAACAAAACUGACCAUUUAACGUGAUACUUGAACGUUAUACAAACAAUACUUGUACUCGACCACGGCAAUGCACAGUGGACUCCCCUUUUUGUACUACACUCUUACUAUACUUCAGCUUCCGAUUGCAACUGCACCUCUG